GGGUCAGUAUAUAUUGAGCAGCCUGCAGUGUUUUUGGUUCCUUCCCGAGCAGCAUAAGGUGAGCCACUGUAUCACUGUACCCUAGGAUCCACUGGUCUCAGACAUGGCACGUCUGGCCCUCCCCGUCUUCCUCCUCCUCUGCUUCUCCCUGCUCCGCCUCGGCUCCAGCCGCCCGUCUCGCAGCAGGAAGGCUGUGUCAGCUCGUCAGUCCGGAGAUGCAGCUGCAGAGGAAGAUGAUGUGACGUCCCAGCUCGAGAGGUUGUGGCUGGAGGUGAACUCACUGAAAGAGAUGCAGGCGUUGCAGACAGUCUGUCUCCGUGGCAUCAAAGCUCACAGGAAAUGUUACCUAACCAUCGAGGAGCCCAAACAUUACCACGAGGCGAAUGAAGAUUGCAUCGCCCAGGGGGGAACCCUUGCUACGCCAAGGGACAUGAUGGAGAACAAUGAACUGUGGGACUAUGCAAAGAGGAGUGCUCCGGGAUCCAAGGACUUCUGGAUCGGCGUGGCAGACAUAGUGAAAGAAGGCCAGUAUGUUGAUGUCAACAGCUUGCCCGUCAGCUUUUUACACUGGGACCGCUCCAAGAAGCAACCCACAGGAACCAAGAGGGAGAGCUGUGUUGCCCUGUCAGUGGCUGCACAGGGAAAGUGGUACGAUGAGGUGUGUCGCAACCUGAAAAAGUACAUCUGUGAAUAUGUCAUUCCUUAAAGGUCCAGUGUGUACGAUUUACAUGAAAGGGAUCUUUUGGCAGAACUUGAGCAUAAAAUAAUCCUAGUGAUUUUUUCACUAGUGUGUUUCAUCUCAAAUUUAUGAAUUGUUUUUUAUUUUCUUUACCCUAGAAUUGGUCCUUUAUACUUAAUUAGUUUACAUUUACAUUUGGAGCCGGGUCCUAUCUACGGAGGCCGCCAUGUUCUUUGCAGUAACCCAGAAUGGACAAAAUAAACGCCUUCUAGUUUUUAUGACAACUGAAAGUUCCCACAGGUUCUCUCUCAUGUUUGGAAGGGGAGGGUGAGGUGAAGGGGACUAGGCUGCAACAUGCAACUUCACCACUAGAGGUCACUAAAUUCUACUCACUGAAUCUUUAAGGGAGGGAGUGUUGUUGACAGCUUGUUCAUCAUUCACCUUGGUCAUUGAUUAAGACUGAGCAUGGUGUCAAAUUUCUGGCAAUUAAUGAUGAAAACAUAACUUAUUAUUGGUUCUUUUUCAUUUCUAACCAAAUUUCUUUGAUUAAAAAAUGAUUAUAUAUUUGGUUGAAUACAGGAAUACUUUCCUAAGUCCCAAAGCUUCAGGUGAUGACUGCCAACGGAAAUAAACCAAAAAUGUAAUCUGAUUUUUCUUAUCACCAUUUUUCCAGAAGUUCAAAAUGUUAUCAUCUUUCUGUAUUAAAUUUACAAAUGUCUUCA